GGGGAGAGUGCAACGUGUCGACACAGUAUGAUCUGUACAUAGUUUGCAGGGUAGGGAAGGGUAAGAACUAAGAUGGGCGAUGAGCAUGAAAAGUUGCUGCCAAUAGCUAACGUGGGGAGGAUAAUGAAGCAGAUCUUACCAGCAAAGGCCAAAAUCUCUAAAGAGGCCAAAGAGAGAAUUCAAGAGAGCGCUUCAGAGUUCAUUCGCUUCGUCACCUGUGAAGCCUCCGACAAGUGCCACAAGGAGAACCGGAAGACGGUGAACGGGGACGACAUCGUUUGGGCUCUCAGCUCUCUAGGGUUGGAUGACUAUGCGGAGGCCAUGACAAGGUACCUCCACAAGUUCAGAGAGUAUGAGAUGCUGAGAGCAAGCCAAACCAGAGGCCCACCCGCCGGGGAAGACGACGAAGAAACGGAUCGCUACUGAAACCUCAGUUCGCCGCCGGCGUAAGACUACUGUAGCUAGCACUGCUGGAUUCCAGGGUUUUUUUUUUUUUUUUUUCUCUCUCUCUUUAUUUUGACAAGAUAACCAAUAACAUUUGAGUGGAUUUAGUAUUAAUAUGCAUUAAUACUUGUUCUAAUUUCUGCACUUCGGAGUUUAGAUGUUGUAUAAUGUUGAAAUUCUGUGCUUGCAAAUGCAAUUUAAUGAUGAUUUUAUUAA